UUGAGUACGAAGACGUUUUUACGCAUGCGCCAUUGUCAAACGGUGAUCAUGUACAGGCUCGGUUGUUUGUCUUUUUAAAGCAGAAAAUGAGUGAUUCUGAGCGAAUUACACUCGAAGGACAAGCUGUCAAAGAGAUUCUUAAGGAUGCAAGGCGAUCUAAGGAAAUUUAUAAAGACUUUGGUGCUCUUGCUUUGCAGAAGAGGGACGUUCUGCCGAAUAAGCGCUUCCUAAAUAACACCCUGGUCAGCACUCUCAGGCACAGCUACAGGCAAGAUCUGAAGGGUAAAGACGGUAGUGAAAGGAAAUACAAACAACACAUGGCAUCUAGGCGUCGAACAGGUGGACGAAAUAGGUUCAGGGCCGAGCAUGAUGACUUCCAGAGGGAGGGAGAGCCUGAAAAUGUCGACUAUGGUGAAUUUGAUGCCAUCAAGUACUCUGACCAGUGUACGGGGUUGUACAUAAGGGACUCUCGGAGAAAACAUGCCCAAAUGAGUGAUAACUUUGUAGAAAAGACUGGUAAAUCAGAUUCAGAAUCUGAGAAAUCAUUCACAGAAUAUGAUGACCCCCCUCCUCCUUCAGCCAAGGAAGAGAAAUCACCUCCUCCACCAGCCAAGGUCAAGAGAUGGAAACAUGACAAAUUUGAAGCCAAAUGGUCAGAUACAGGUUCAGCAGAUGAUUACACCUCUGAUCGGGAUGACCACCAUGGAGUGGAAGAUGAAGCAGAGCCUGGGAUAGUUGAUCAAAAACUGAGAUCAGAGUAUCGGAAGUAUGAGAAAUUGAGGAAGAAGAAAAUAGACAUAACUCAGCCUAGUACCUCCAGAGAUUAUGAGAGUUAUGAAGACAAUGAGGACAGUGAUGAAUCAGAUCAAGAUGAAAAGAGCGUGAAAAAGAAAGGCAAGAUAGUAAAGGAAGUAAAGGUGUCAGAUGAAAGCGCCAAGAAUUCAUCAGCAUCAGAGGAGGAAUCUAAUAAAAAUGUGUCGAAAAAGGUAGUUAAGAAGAGCAAAAAGGUGAAGAAACUACCUGUAGCUGGAAAAGAUCUUGCUGAAAUAAUCAGUAAAAGAAGUAUGUAUGCAGACAUGGAAGAGUUACGAGAAAGGGGGACUGAAAUGGGUGAUGAUAAACAUAAGUCUAGGGGAAAGAAAAGUAGACGAGAACAUAAUGCAGUAUUGAUUGAAGAUAGUGAAGCAGAGAUGAGUGCAAAAAUUGAGAACAAGUCAUCUUUCAGGCGUCACAAUUCUCCUGAUGAUUAUGUGAGGAAAUAUCCAGGAAGAACUGCAAUUUUGUAUGAUGAUAAAGAGGGCAGUCCACAUUCAAGCCCUAGAUCAAGUAAUUUUCAUGAAAGGGGCAAUUAUAGACAUGAAAGAGACGGAACGCCUCCAAGAUUUCAAAGAGGACGUGGAAGAAGCCACCGGUUUCAUGGUCAUUUAGGACAUGAAUAUAGAGGCAGGGGAAGAGGGUUUGAGAGAGGAAGGCAUCCAAGAAUGGAUGAUAGACAAUUUAAGGAGUAUGAAAGGCAAAGUGCAAGCCAUAGGUCACCAGAAUACCACAGGGAGAGACGCGAAACUGAAAGCAGGGAGCAUAGUUCAGAAAAACAUAAACGGCAGUACAGUUCUGAAAAUCAGUCGGAGGAACGAUACAGUAGGGAUAGAUUAGAACAUAGAUCUCCUGGAAAUGGUAGGCAUUCAGAAGAAAGACACAAGAGAGGUAGAUCACAUUCUUAUGAAAAACAAGACAAGAAAUAUUUGAGAGGUUCGAGUAAAGACAAAGAUAUAAGAGAAAAACAUAGACGAGAAAGUGAAAGAGAUGAAAGGUCUGAUUUUGAAAAAGAUGAACCUGUUGACAUAAGUGAGUUAGGUAUUCCUUAUAAAACUGUUGGAGAUGAGUGUAAAGAUGACAAUAUUGAUCGAGAACGCCAUAGAGUUUCAGAACAUUUCAGGGAAUCACAUUUUUAUGGGCGUAGGCCGUAUCAUGGACGUGGAUUUGAAAUGAGAGGGCGUCCAUUCAUAAGGGGAAGACCUUUCAGAGGAAGAGGUCCUUUUAGAGGAGGAUUUCCACCACCAAUGAUGCCUACGAUGGAUCCAUUUUAUGCUACCUUUAUGCAGGAAUUUCUGAAGGAAAGUGGAUUUGAAGAUUGGUUAAAGAAAAAAGCUAAGAAACUAAGGAGAAGGCAUUCAGAUUCUAGUUCUAGUUCUUCCAGGUCAAGGUCAUCCAGGCGUAGAUCAAGAAGAUCAAGAAGAAGGAGGAGGCGCCACUCAUCAUCUAGUUCAAGAAGUAGAUCGAGGUCAAGGUCUAGGAGUUACUCAAGGAGAAGGCAUUCAUCAUCUUCAUCAAGGCGAAGGAGUUAUUCAAGAAGCCGUAGCCGGAGUUACUCUAGAUCGAGAAGUAGAUCGAAGUCAAGAAGAGAUAGAUCAAGGUCAUCAAGUGAUAAAAGCUACUCAAGAAGCAGGUCAAGAUCUAGAGGUCGAAGAGAUAGAAGUAGAUCUAAAACCAAAGAUAGAUCAUAUGAUAGAGGCUCUGAACGUGGUGAAAGUGUUGAAGAUGAUUAUCAGUCAGGUAGUAAAUCAAAAUACAAAUCAUCAUCACAUUAUGAACAAUCUUCAGAAGAGGAAAAUCAAGUGAAUGAAGCUGUUGAAGAGAUAUUAGGAGUGAAGAAGAAGCAUAAGAAAGUACACAAAACUAAAACUAAAAAAUCUAAACCAAAACCAUCUAAGCAAGUUACAAAUGUCUUUCUUGAAAGCCCAGCAGAGGGUGAAGUGCGAGUUAUAAAGAAAAAGAAAAAGUCUAAAACAAAGAAAGGUAAAUUUAAGAAGACCUUUCAGGAAGCUGAAGACAUUGUAAGUAGUGUUGCGAGUAGUGAGAUGAUAAACUAUGUUGCAGAUGAUGGAGAAGUUGUGGAUUCUGAACUCGAAGUUGGUGAAAUACCAGAUGAAAAUCUGGAAAAUGUGUCGAGUGAAAAUGGUGUGGAAUGGAGCAGCGAAGAAGAGGGUGAAGUUAUGUAAUUGAGAACUGAAAUAUGUUAUAGAGAAACUUUCCUGGAUGUUGAACAUACCUCCUAACAUUUGUUGCUAUCUGAACUUUUCUAUUCAGUUGACUUAUGUUGAGAGUGAAGUUGAAUCAGUGUCCGCCUCUCACUCAAGAGGUCAUGUGUUUGAUCCCAGAUAGGGCAAUAUAAUAUUAUCAUUUGACGCUUUCAAAAUUGACACAGUACUGAUCUUUGCCGAAGUAAUGGGCUCGAGACUGAUUCAUGUCAGCUUUUAGCUAUCUUCACAAUCUCCAGCUCAAAUGAAUAAGUAUAAACCAAACAUAACUUUACAUUUUCCAAUAUGCAUUAUAGGUAUGUGUAAUGAAUCUCUAGGGGAUGUGAUUUUAAGUUAAAUAACUCAAUAUGUUGCGUAUUCAUGAUGUGUUCAACAUAACUUAUAGAAAUGUAUUGAAAAUUUCAAAUAAACGUCAUUGUGCAAUAUUGUUGCUAUAUGAGUAUUAAAGUUAUACGAGUUUUGUGA